AUGACUUCAUCAAGUGGCUAUUGGAUGAACCUCUUGCGUGACAACAAUAAUGACACUUCCACAAAUGAUGCAGAAUCAACUGGCGAUGUAAGUCAAGCGCCAAUUUCAAGAAAGGGUGUUAAGAAGGGGACCAAGAGGGGCAAAUAUGAGAAAUCAACGCCAACAGUUCGCCGUCGAGUCAUUGCAGCUGCCGAAAACGGAGACGACUGGAUAUCGGUGGCGGUAGCCAAUGGAGUCAACCAGUCUACAGCGUACGCGUGGGUGAAGAAGGGCACCUGGAUCCAGAAACAUCGAGGCGGCAGGGUUCAACAGCGUGUCAAGAUUGAAGCUCACCACAAAGAAGCUCUCAUCCACAUGCUCGAAGAAAAUCCUCAGCUGACGUUAAAAGAAAUGACCGCCAAGUUGCUCGCAGACUUUGCUGUGAAUGUGGCGUCCCAGACCGUAGCUGGACAUUUGAAUGGCCGCAUGCUGUUCUCGCUAAAACAAAUUUAUCUGCAACCAGAUGCUGCUAAUUCGCUAACCAACAAACUCCUUCGUCGCGAGUUCCUUAAGAUACUUAUGCAGGCUACAGGCAUUGGAAAAUUUAUAGCGUACGUGGAUGAGAGCAAUGUAAACCUUUUUAAACGACGUACUCAUGGACGAGCCAAGGUGGGAAAUAGAGCUGUGGUGAGAUUGCCUUCCAGUAAAGGUGCCAAUGUGCACAUGAUAGGGGCCCUCACACAAAUGGGUUUGAUGAACUUCAUGUGUCGUCGAGGGAAUUACAAGAUGGCUCAAUGCAAUGAUUGGCUCAAGCAGCUGCUUCAGGGAAUUGUGGCACAAGGCAUUCUUUCUACGAUUAUCGUUGUGGUGAUCGACAACGCUCCAUGUCACGCGAGAGCCAACGAGGCCGUAAUGGAGUUCCAGGGUGCUACAAUCCUCCGUUUAGCCCCAUAUUCUCCGAUACUUAACCCCAUCGAGGCUGCGUGGUCUGUUAUUAAGUCGGAACUGAAGAAGAGAGAAGCGGCUUCAUAG